CUGGGGGCGGGGAGAGGCUCUGCACCUGCCCAGCGUCUCCAGAGGGACCCUGGUCCGCCCUCCAGGCAUGGACCCCCCUGAGGAGCGCACCAGGUGCCCUGCCCGCGGGAGGUGCCCCGUGUACCUGGCGGUGAGCUCAGGGACUGUUCGCUAUGCCCCAUCAGGUCUGGGCCCUGCGCUGGAGGGGAACGUGGGAGAGGAGCCCCGGGACACAGACAGCCAGUCCCACCCGGACGAGGGCCACCCCCCGCCCCUCGAAGCUGUCCCGGUCUCCUGGAAGAGCGUGGGCUCCUGCCAGAGCCGCAGGGAGUCCCCGGGAGCCCUGGCGGAGACCUCUGCAGGGGAGGGGACCCAAGGCGAGGAGGGCCCUGCCGCCUCCCAGCUCGACGUGUCUCGCCUGCGCAGCUCGUCCAUGGAGAUCCGCGAGAAGGGCUCGGAGUUCCUGAAGGAGGAACUGCACAAAGCCCAGAAGGAGCUAAAGCUGAAGGAUGAGGAGUGUGAGCGGCUGUCCAAGGUGCGGGAGCAGCUGGAGCGGGAGCUGGAGGAGCUGACGGCCAGCCUGUUUGAGGAAGCCCACAAGAUGGUUCGAGAAGCCAACACGAAGCAGGCAGCAUCAGAAAAGCAGCUGAAAGAGGCUCGGGGCAAGCCAUCUCGUUCUGGCCAGAUCGACAUGCUGCAGGCGGAGGUGACAGCCUUGAAGACACUGGUCAUCACGUCCACGCCCGCCUCUCCCAACCGAGAGCUGCACCCUCAGCUGCUGAGCCCCACCAAGGCCGGCCCCCGCAAGGGCCACUUGCGCCAUAAGAGCACCAGCAGCGCCCUCUGCCCCAUCGCGUGCCCUGCUGCAGGCCACAUCCUCACCCCGGACAAGGAAGGCAAAGAGCCCGGGCUGCCCCCCCUCCUGUCCCUGCUCCUCUGUGUGGUCCCCAGUAAGGCGGUUCACCUCACCUACGAGCCGGCCUGGCAGCUCCCGCCUGGGGAGCGGCCCGCAGCCCCCACCUCCGCUACCUCUCUCUCCUGUUCCCGACAGGUAGACACCACCCUGUUUGCGGAGUUCCGGGCCUGGAGGGAGUCGCCCACCUUGGACAAGAACAGCCCCUUCCUGGGAAGGGUGUACCGCGAGGACGUGGGGCCCUGCCUGGACUUCACGGUGCAGGAGCUCUCGGCACUGGUGCGGGCUGCCGUGGAGGACAACACGCUCACCAUCGAGCCCGUGGCUUCGCACACCCCGCCCACAGUGAAGGCGGCCGCAGCUGAAUACGGCAGCACCAACACAUGUGCCCUGAGCGGGUUGGCCCGUGCCUGUCGCCAUCGAAUCCGGCUCGGGGACUCCGAGAGUCACUACUACAUCUCGCCAUCGUCCCGGGCCAGGAUCACUGCUGUGUGCAACUUCUUCACCUACAUCCGCUACAUCCAGCAAGGCCUGGUGCGGCAGGACGCAGAGCCCAUGUUUUGGGAGGUCACGAGGCUGCGGAAGGAGAUGUCGCUGGCCAAGCUGGGCUUCUUCCCCCAGGAGGCCUAGCCUGGCCCAGGACCGACGGGCGGACAGGAAGACGGUGCGGGAGCCAGCCCUGAGCCAGAAGCUGCACAGACGGACAAAUGGCCAGGCGAGGAGGCGUGCUGAGCCGGUCCCACGCGCCAUCCCAGGAAGACAGGACCUCACGGGAUGACCCUUCCCAGCGGCACAGCCACCAUGAGGCUCUGGAAGGCACCACAGACCGAGGACCCGGACCCGCACUUUGGGGCUCAGCUUUCGCGAGGGGACCCCUGGGGCGGCCGGCACCCUCCGCCCCAGUUCCGGGAGCCGCUGCCUGCAGAUGCCUGUGGCUGCUGGGCAGCCUGGUCUCCUGGUAUUGCCCACCCAGCUCCCAAGCGCUGCACACCAGCACCCCCUUGUGGCCAUCCCUCGCCCCAUCCUAAGUGCCCACAGGGCAGUGGUGCUAGGAGGGGCUGCCAGGGACUUCCACGCCAGCUGGCACCUGCUUGAGAACUGCCUCCAAGUCCCUCCGAUGGACAAGGCCCCUCCCAUUUGACCUGCCCCUGCCCCUCUGAGCCCUCUGCUCCGGGAGCCACUGCCCCCACCGCCGCUGGAAGGACCGGGGCACUUUUCCCUCAAAGCAAAGCACAGCCAA